AUGAACGCUCUGCUGACUCAGAAACAGAAACUGCUGCUCGAGCUGAAGCACUACGAAAACAACAUCAAGUACAACAAGGAAAUCCUGAGCAACACGAGCGAAAGCAAUCUGGUGCAGAGUGUGCCGGACAACGUCGGCAUCAUACCGUCCAACACGCGGCUACAGAUCGGCAUUUCCACCAGCUACGAUAGCAACGAUAUGAACAUCGACAUCACCGUGUCGACCAACAACUCGACCACGAUUCGUGUCGUGUUGAUCUUUGCUGAUCAGCUGUUCAAGGAGGAAACGCUGAUCGCGCACCUGACGAAGGACGUUUCGCGCAUACUGAUACCGCUCAAGACGCUCAAGGACAAUGCGCAGGACAUUCACAUCAAAGCGUUCGUCGGCUACCCGAGCAGUGUGCAGUUUCACGUGUUUGAACUGACCCGUCAGCUGCCCAAGUUUGCGAUGUACACCAUACCGCACAAUCUGACCGGGUCACCGAAGAGUGUGUUCUGCCGGCGGCGCCGAUGCAAAGAAGACAUCUCGGACGAGGAGGAGUAUGACGCCCUGAAUGACGAAACGUUCGGUGCGGCGGACAAGGGCGACUGGAAGGACAUCCACGAGCAUCUCGUGCGGCUGGAAAGUUGCAGGAAUGGGGGGCGAACCGGUUCCUUCCUUGGGGAGGAUGAGGACGACGGGGGCAGCAGCGACAACAACAACAGCGAGAGCGGCCGUAGCAGUGUGGUGGCCCAAAGCAUUGGCGAUGAGUUCGCGAACAAGCUAUGGCUGGAUCCGAGCAUCUGGGGUAGCCCGGCGAAGGUUCCGGCUCCGGUGCAGCCACCGUACAGCGAUUAUAGGCCCAGCGGUACGCCAUUUUCUGCCCUGCCACCACAGCAGAGCGCCUUUCGACCACCGGAACCGGCGCAUCCGAUCGGGGGAGGUGGCCUGCCGCCAAAACCGCCUCCCUCACUGCCACCGGGCUUGUUUCCACCCAUGAAGAUGCUGUCAGUGGAGGACAUUGAACGAACCAUCAUCCAGCAUCAGCAUCAGCAAAAUCAGCAUCAAAGUAUGCUGCAAAAGCAAAUGUCACAGCAGCAGCAGCAGCAACAACAACAACACCAACUCCAUUACCAUCACAACCAAUUUCACCAGCAGCAGCAGCAGCAGACACUGCAACCAUUCCGCACACCGGCACCGGUCCCGGCCCAACCACCACCACCAGUGAAAGCUCGCGAUCAUUUCACACCCGCCAAGGAGGUAAAGAGUAUGCAGCCGCCGAUCCCGAUGAUCUCCUCGCCAGUAGCAGCACCACCGAUGCUGAACAACGCGAACCGUCUUCCGCUUGGUUUGCUGCCGUACAACAUGCUAGCCGCCCGACCGUACUCGACCCCGAUCAACAACCUGGCGAUGCAUCCGGCAUUCCCGCAGCGCUGCUCGUACGGUUCCCCGCUGCAAGGGUUUCUGGGUGGCCCCGGCCCGGUACAGAUGGGUCCGCCACCGCCGCUACCUCCUCGCCAUCCGGGACCAGCGCCGGGUGGGCCGCCGCCAUUUUUGAUGCAGCGCAGCCCGACGCCCCUGCCGACGAACCAGUUCAACCAGCGGCUGGUGCAGGAAAUUCAACAAAACCAUCCGCUGCUCGCGUUCAACCGACAGCUCGCUGCGGCCAGCACGCUCAGCGUUUGCGGCAAUGGCGUGAACAAAGCAGCCCCGCUAGUAGCCCUGCCAAGGGCGGGUUUUAUGAAGCAGCAGCACCAUUUCCAGCAGCAGCAGCAGCAACGAUCCCGAGUAGGCAAUGGAAUGCCAUCGAGCACUGCAGGCGGCGGGCAGCCAGAGGAGCGCGAUGAGUACGCAAACAUGAUGAGCAAUCGCAACAAGCAGUGGCUAAUCGGGAUAAAGCUGACGCAGCUCAACUCGGACGCACCCUACUUUAACGAUUACUAUUUCACCGUGUACAAGCAGCGGCUGGCAGCGGCGAAGGGCGAGGGCGAUAAUAGGAUCUAUCGCGAAAAUCAGCUCAACCAUCCGUUCACCCAGCCGGAGGAGCAUGCCCAGCUGCUGUUACUGUCGCUGCUGUCGAAGAACGGCAAGAGCGGGCUGCUCGGCACGAACCGCGAACGUCGCAGUUCCGAAUCCCGCUCCAACCCGAACGGCGGUAGCGAGGGAAAGGAUGGCUCAGCGCCGACGGGUGGUGGUCGAGCGUAUACCCCGCUCCAAUUUCAAAAUUCGCUCGGCAAGCUGCAGUGCGGUAGUGUGAUAGCGCCGCGAAAGCUCAUCGACGCCGACGUGAUGGGCAGCGACCAGCUGAACGGAAAUGGCGUGCCGGCACUUGAACCGCCGCCCGCCGCUAUCCAGCGCAAAGCUCGCCAUGUGCUGCUGCUUAUCGAGACGCUGUACAAGUUGGUGCUCAAGCUGGAAGAUCUCGGCAAUCCCGUUGCGAUCGAAGCGAUGAAAGCGCUGCGCGAAAAGAAAAUGCGCAAGCGAACCAGCAGCACCGGCAGCGGCAGCGGUGUGGCGUGUUUGUCAGAAGCGGGCGCCAAGAUUGGCAACGCAUUGAUAAUUAAUCCGAAUUGGUAA